CUUCAACUCAGCACUAAUGACGUAUUGCAUGUAGGCGGGGUUAGACGGUCUGCAGACUUUGCCCGGAAACCCGGCACAAUCAGCUGUCAUACGUCCCGAUAUUAAAAAUGGCAAGAAACAGAUCUUGCACUAUAGUAGAGUAUUUUGGUGGGGAUGAUGGUCACUGCUGUGGUUACUGUAAAAAUGAAAAGGGAAACGUUUCUCAUGGAAUGUGGUCUCACACCAUGACAGUACAAGACUAUCAAGACCUGAUAGAUCGAGGAUGGAGAAGAAGUGGGAAAUAUGUCUACAAGCCCAUAAUGAACAGGACAUGCUGUCCCCAGUAUACCAUCAGAUGUCAUGCACUGAAAUUCCAGCCUUCCAAAUCCCACAAGAAAAUCCUGAAGAAGAUGAGUAAAUUCCUUUCCAAAGGACAGUUACCAAAGGAACAGGAUGAUGAUGAGCCAAUGGACUCGGUGUGUAAAGAAGCAGGUCCACGGGCACCUGGUGAAGCCAUUCACUCAGAAGUGAAGUGUACUCCUAUCACAGACAUUCAUAAAGAGGAAGCAGAGUGUCCUGCUGUCACAGAGGUUCAGGCGGAGAUAGCGGAUGCCACACCAACAGACUCAAAAACUUUAGGAAAGGAUUCAGCGUCUGUCCCGGAUGGGAGAACAAUAGCCACAGCUCCCAGACCAGGGAUGGGAGCCGAUCCCAGCCGGCCGCCGUGUCGGAAGGCCAAAGACUUGAGGAAGGAGCGACAUCUUCAGAAAGAGCAGAUGAGACAAGAUGCUGAUGGGGUCUCUUCCACUGUCUCUCCGCCCCCACCCACUCCCAUGCAGACCAACCAAUCCAAAUCCUUCGAAGAUUUCAUUACUGAUUCGUUGCCUGACAACUCCAGUCAUUGCCUUGAGGUGAGGCUAGUGCGCUCCAGUCCCCCUAGCCCACAGUUCAAAGCCUCAUUUGAUGCCUCCUACCAGGUGUACAAACUCUACCAGAUGGCUGUUCACAAGGACCCUCCUGACAAACCCUCCGAGAGCCAGGUGAGGCUAGUGCCAGUCAACUUUGAGGACCCGCAAUUCACAGCAUCCUAUCAGCAGUCGGUGGCACUGUACGCCCGCUACCAGAUGGCCAUUCAUGGUGAUGACCCCGGCGCAUGUAGUGAGAGUGAGUUCCGGAGAUUUCUCUGUGAUUCACCACUAGAGGCGGAAUAUUCUCCAGAUGGUCCUGAGGUGGGCUACGGUUCCUUCCACCAGCAAUACUGGCUGGACGGGCGCAUUGUGGCGGUGGGGGUGAUCGAUAUCCUGCCCACCUGUGUGUCAUCUGUCUAUCUGUACUACCACCCAGACUUUGCCUCACUGUCUCUGGGCUCCUACUCUGCUCUCAGGGAGAUUGCUUUCACCAGACAACUGCAGAAACAGUCCCCCAAGCUGUCCUACUACUACCUGGGCUUUUACAUACACUCCUGUUCCAAGAUGCGAUAUAAGGGGAAUUACCGGCCUUCAGACCUCCUGUGCCCAGAGACCUAUGUCUGGGUACCAAUAGAGCAGUGCCUACCCAGGCUGGAGAACUCCUGUUAUGCUCGUUUGAAUCAGGAUCCUGAUGCAGGAGAUGCUCGGGUGCUGAAGGAUGUGGGCAGAGUGCUGGUACUAUACAAACGUACUGUCAUGCCCUAUGCAGUCUAUGUCCGCAAACGCAAGGGCUCCAGCGAGGAGAGGGAGGUGCAGCAGUAUGCCAGCUUGGUCGGCCAGGAGUGUGCCGAAAGGAUCGUGCUAUAUCGCGCCUGAACAUACAGCUUCACACCACUGCUCCUUUCUAAUGAAGCAGUGUCCCAGCAGUGUCUGUCUGUUUCUGUCUCCUCACUGUCAGUGAAAGUGCUUUCUGCUGCUUUGCCCCCUGUAUUCUCACCAUGUUUAGCCCUACACAGA